CAGAAUCCUCCCCCUUUCCCUUCCCCCCCUCCCCCGUGUGCCCCGGAUUCCCCUCCUCCCUUCCCCCUCGGCUGCCGCGACCAUGGAACGCAGGUGGUGGGCAGUGCUGGUGCUGGCCGCCUUCCCCACUCUGGGAAUGGCAGGGGAGGCCCCGGAGGCAGCCCCCGAGCACUGGACAGAGUUCUGGUUCGUCCGAUUCCUGGUGAACACUGUUGGCUAUGCUAGCCUUAUGGUGCCUGGCUACUUUCUGGUGCAGUACUUAAAGCGAAGGAACUAUCUGGAGACAGGCCGGGGCCUCUGCUUCCCUGUUAUCCGAGACUGUGUUUUUGGCAAUGAGCUGAAGCCUUCCGAUGAGCCCCCAGCAGUUACCCGCCCAGAGCAGACAGAAACCACCAGGACUCGGCGGGUCCUCAAGCUGCUUUUCUGUGGUGGGGGGCUUCAGAUAUCAUACCUGACUUGGGGUGUACUACAGGAGCGAGUAAUGACACGAAACUAUGGGGCAACAGAUAAAAUGCCUGGAGAGCGUUUCACUGACUCCCAGUUCCUGGUGUUGAUGAACAGAGUGCUAGCACUGACAGUGGCUGGCCUGUGUUGUGUGCUCUGCAAACAGCCCCGGCACGGGGCCCCUAUGUACCGAUACUCCUUUGCCAGCCUCUCCAACAUCCUUAGCAGCUGGUGCCAGUAUGAGGCCCUCAAGUUUGUCAGCUUCCCUACACAGGUGCUGGCAAAGGCCUCCAAAGUGAUCCCUGUAAUGCUAAUGGGCAAAUUAAUAUCCCAUCGCAGUUAUGAGCACUGGGAAUACCUGACUGCUGGCCUCAUUUCUAUUGGGGUAAGCAUGUUCCUGCUGUCCAAUGGGCCUGAGCACUAUUUUUCCCCAGCCACCACCCUCUCUGGCUUCAUCCUGCUUGCUGGUUACAUCCUUUUUGACAGCUUUACCUCCAACUGGCAAGAUGCCCUAUUUGCUUACAAGAUGUCCUCGGUGCAAAUGAUGUUUGGGGUCAAUCUCUUCUCCUGUCUCCUCACAGUGGGCUCCUUGAUACAACAAGGGGCUCUGGUGGAGGCCAUGAGGUUCAUGGGGCGACACGGAGAGUUUGCUGCCCAUGCCCUGUUGCUGUCCAUCUGCUCGGCCUUUGGCCAGCUCUUCAUUUUCUAUACCAUUGGGCAGUUUGGUGCUGCCACCUUCACCAUUAUCAUGACCCUGCGGCAAGCCUUUGCUAUUUUUCUCUCCUGUCUCAUUUAUGGCCACACAGUCACUGUGGUAGGAGGUUUGGGCAUGGCAGUCGUUUUUGCUGCCCUCUUCCUAAGAAUGUAUGCCAAAAGGCGCCUGAAGCAGCGGGGAAAGGUGCCUCCCAGUGAGGCUCCAAUACAAAAGGUCUGAGACAGGAAAAAAUGGUGUUGAGGAAGAAGUGACCCCUUUAUUUUUGGAUUUUCUUCCUUUUAUGGCUGGAGAACAGUGUUUAUUCUAAAGUCACACACCAGCUCCUGCAAAAGUUGGGGCCUGGGGGCAACCUCCACCUCUGCCUUAAGAAUCAUGAAUCCUGAUUUCAAGGUACUGGUUUUCUUAUGAACCCAGCCCUCCCCUUCAGUAUUCAGUUUGUUAAACUGCUAUUGUAACCUUGCUGACCGGUUUCUACUGUUCCCUCCACUAUAUCACCCCUCCUUCGUGCCAGGCCAGCACCUAGCUCUGGCUCGUAAUGUUCUCUCCUGACCCUUGAAAGGUACAUAUUUCUUUUCUGGUGAGAAAAGCACAAGGGUUACUGCUAGUCCCCAAGGAGGAAAGGGAGAGGGGGGAGGGAAGACGACUGCUGAAGAUGGCCUCACCAAACCAGUUUAUUGCCUAUUCCUUAUUGGGCUAAACCCAAUUUUUUUGGUACUUCAAAAUGUAACUUUUACUCAAUUAAAAAAUGCUGCAAGGGGGAUGGACCCUGUGUAUGCAUUGGGGACUGGGUGGGAACAGAAUGGGUAAGAGUGUGGACCAGUCUACCAGUUAAAACCUCACUGCCAAGCAGACCUGCACUGCAAUGAAACUUGAAUUUUGGUGAUUGUGGGUAAAUAUAUUAACUCUUCCCAGGAGAAAUAAACUCAGGUUUCAAGUAA